GCAGCCCAAAACCCUGCCUUGGUGAAGCUGCGCCAAGCCGAGCCUGCGUUGGAAGCAUCAAGGCGCCGCGCUCGGGAACUGGAAAUGAAGCUGGAGGCACAACUUGAUGGGAAAAUCUCUCUUGGGGAUGUGCAAGGCGAGGUGGUGUGCGCCAAACAGCGGAAGGAGUGCUUCCUUCGCGAG